AUGGAAAACAGUUUAGGAUAUUCACAUCAAAAUGAUAAACGUCAAUCAACGUUAGACGAUACAUUAAAAAGCGAUCAUAAUAGUAUUAUUGACUUUGGUAAACAUGGAAUAUUUGUCGAGAGAACACUAGCUAUCAUCAAACCCGAUGCAAUAGAAAAUGCAAAUGAAAUUGAAGAUAUGAUCCUAAAAAAUGGUUUUACCAUUCUACAAAAACGUCGAAUUAUAUUAUCAGCUGAACAGUGUUCUGACUUUUACAGUGAGCAUUAUGGUAAAAAGUUUUUUCCAUCGCUCGUUGCAUUUAUGACAAGUGGACCAAUAUUAGCACUAAUAUUAGCGAGAGAAAAUGCAAUAUUGUCAUGGCGAGAAUUAAUUGGACCAACAAAUUCAACACAAGCUAGAGAAUCUCAUCCUGAUAGGUUUAGAAUAUAUGUUCGAGCACUUUUCGGUACAAAUGAACAAAAAAACGCGGUUCAUGGAAGUGAUUCAGCUGUUAGUGCUGAACGAGAAAUACGAUUCUUUUUUCCAAAUAGUAUUGUUGAACCAAUUCCACUUGGUCGCCCAGCUAGAGAUUAUUUAGAACAAAAUGUAAAUAAAACAUUAAUUAAAGCAUUAACAGCAUUAUGUAAAGAAAAACCAAAAGAUCCUGUUCUUUGGCUUGCUGAUAAAUUAAUUGAAAUAAAUCCUUAUAAACCAAAAGUAAAUAAAAUGGAUCUUAAUCUUAAUUUUGAUGAAUCCCAUUCAUCGUCUGUCAAGUAA